AUGGACGGUGAUCCGGCUGUCGAUCCGGGGCUUGACUCCUUUAGCUUGGCUUUUCCUCUGCCUUAUCGUGUUGGCUUUAUUGCAACUUUAGCUGUUUGGGGAUGGGGGUUGAAUCUCCAUUGUCUCUAUCUAUUCAAUGUCGACGUUCCGCAGCUUAUUCGAUAUCCCGGCCGAGCAUCGCCGCAACACAUCCCGCAUCAUGGCUCAACGUACCGCCUUGCGAUUGCUCUUUCAGUAUUAUUCGCAUUGUCAGUAAGCCUGUUCUGGCUAUGUACAUGGGGUAUUCCUGAGCGCGUCAUUGCUUUCGGGUGGAUGCCAUUGACGUACCUUACUGCUUUGAUUGCAAUGUUCGUCGUUCCAUUGAGAAACCUGCCCAGCGGCGGAAGAAGGAGAUUCUUGGCUACUCUGCGGCGUGUGAGCCUAGGAGGACUGGCAGAGCCUCAAGACGGCAAAUUUGGCGAUAUUUUGCUGGCCGAUGUUCUAACAUCAUACGCCAAAGUUUUUGGAGAUCUUUUUAUCACUCUAUGCAUGUUCUUCUCAGCAGCAGGAUCGUCUACGCAGCGACCUGACCGCAACUGUGGAGGAACAGUGCUUGUCCCGCUUAUCAUGGGAGUGCCUAGCUUGAUCCGAUUUCGACAAUGUUUGAUCGAAUAUUUUCGGGUUCGACGGGCCCCGUAUAAGGAAUCCACGGGAUGGGGCGGUCAGCACCUGGCCAACGCCCUCAAGUACUCGACAGCCUUCCCAGUUCUUAUCACCAGCGCUUGGCAAAGAUCGGUGGAGGAUCCUGGAUCCAAGGCAGCUCUACACAAAGCUUGGCUUGUUGCCGUACUCAUCAACUCGUGCUACUCUUUUUACUGGGACGUGGCCAAGGAUUGGGAUAUGACUCUCUUCUCUCCGAAGCAAGAUCGUGAAUCUCCUACUCAUCCCUUUGGAUUAAGAGAUCGCUUGGUAUUCAGAUCUCCUAAGCUGUACUAUUUGGUGAUUGGCAUGGAUUUGAUGCUGAGAUGCACUUGGUCGAUGAAGCUCAACAGCCGCUUGGACAAGUUUAGUGAUUUGGAGGGUGGCAUAUUUUUCAUCGAAUUUCUCGAAGUACUCCGUCGAUGGAUAUGGAUCUUCUUCCGCGUCGAAACGGAAUGGUUAAGGAACAACUCAACAGGCCUCGGUGUCGACGAUAUCCUACUUGGAGAUUACCAAGGGAAGGACGGAGAGGACGAUUGA